UACAGAGUGGACGGGAGUGAAGUUACAGAGACGGUGUUGAUGGUGUUGACUCAUGAAUCAUGUGUGAGGCUGCCUUAGAGGAGGUCUCAGUCUUGUCGUCCAUUUACUGCGGAGAAGGAGAGUUCCAGCUCUUGGAGCACUCUGCUCAGGAUGGACUCCUUGUCAAAAUAAACAGCACCGUGUUCGGAGCGGGCAGGGACACGAGUCUGUUGUUCCAUCUGCACCCGCGUUACCCCUCCUGUCCCCCCGACAUCUCUGUCUCCUCCACCGUUCUCUCCAGGACCCAGUGUCACGACAUUCGACAGAAGCUACUGGACCAAGCUGCAGCUUUACCAGCAGAGCCAAUGGUUCACGAGCUCGUAGAGUGGUUACAGCAGUGUGAGGAGGUGAAAGAGGAGCAGAGUAGAGGUGAAGAGGAUGUGAAAGAGAGAUGGACUGCAGUGCUGUCGUUGGACCACAUCCGGUCUAGAUGUCGUUACAUCGGGCUCCUGGAGCGCUGGAGCCAGCAGCUACAGCUGACUGUGAUUAUAUUACUGGGACGACAUAUACUGGUUAUUCUGCAGGGAACCAAACCCGGCAUCAAGGAGUUUUAUCACCUGUUGAAGACAGUAAAGGUGGAUGUGGAUUCUUCAGGCAAAAAAUGCAAGGAGAGGAUGAUGAAGGUUCUCAUCGAAACCCCUUUGUCUUGCUCCUAUGAACAUGGCCUCCAGAGAUUUGAGGUGAAAGACUACAAUAUGUUACCAGAGCUGAGUGCAGCCUUUCAGGAACUCCACAUGACAGAGCUUUACGACCAGAUACUGCCUUCGUUGGGUGACUUGGCAGCACACAGGGAACCCAGUGACAAAUCCAGAAUCGACAAGCAAAGCUUGCCUGAAGGAUCAGGCAAAAACAGGAAGGCCUCACCUUUUUCCCAAUAUGCAAUUAUUGCACAACACUAGCUGUGCUGUAUCAUCACAGCUGACACAAAGGUACUUGAUGUGAAAAACAGGGAAGGUUUCACUAUUGCUGAAGUGCACAAAAUGGACGUCAAGUUAAUUGUCUGUGCCAAACAUCUAUCAUGGGUAAAUAAUUAGACGAAUGUUACUAAUGCCAUGACAAAUCGAGAGCAGACAAUAUGAGUUGUUAGAGCUCAGGUGUUGGUAACAAAAUCAGCGAUGGCUCUGUUCUACGAAGUUGUGUCAGUAAACUAUGAUGGUGGCAGUGAUCGAGCAUGAACAUCACCAGGACUCCAAAAACUGGAGUAACUAAAGCCAACAUUCAUUCUGCUAUCAACAACUUACCACAACAAUGUCAAAAUGGUUCCGAUGAUCUGAAUAUAUUCUAUUUAAAAUAGAAAGUAGAACACUUUGUCUGCAGAAUUACCUUCUGCUGCAUGCAACCGUGUCUUCUAGUGAAACAGAAAGCUCAGACAUGAAUUAACAUGGACACAUGUUGUCAGAAUUCAUAGUGAAGUGGAUUAUAUGUGCUUUAUGUAAAAAGCACUGGGGGAGAAUAGAGAAAGUUAAACACUAUAUACCAAAGACAAAUUGUCUUUGGGAAUUGGAGUUAAAUAUAGAAAUCUAAGAAGAUUAUUGGUAUAGAACGUGUAUUUCCGUUACUCUUCCCACAGCUGCGCACAAGCUAUGGACACAGGCUUAUCAUAUGCAGUGUUGGGGAGUAACGGAAUACAUGUAACGGCGUUACGUAUUUAGAAUACAAAUUAUGAGUAACUGUAUUCCGUUACAGUUACAAAAUAAAUAGAUGGUAUUCAGAAUACAGUUACAUUGUUGAAAUCAGUGGAUUACAUGACGGUACUUCUCGAGUUUAUUCACUCUCUCGUAAAUCCACCGGCGGCAAAGCCCCCAGGAAGCAGCUGGAGAGCAGGGCUGCCGUAAGAGAGCCCGGGCCCCCGGCGGCGUGAAGAAGCCUCACCGCUACAGGCCCGGGACCGAGGCUCUGAGAGAGUUCCGUCGCUACCAGAAAUCUACGGAGCUGCUGAUCCGCAAGCUGCCCGACCUGCGCUUCCAGAGCUCCGCUGUCAUGGCUCUGCAAGAGACCAGCGAGGCACGCCGGGUUCACACCGGACGCUGAAGCGCCGGACGCUGAAUAAUAUCACCCGUUGACCCAGUAGUAUAAAAGCAUAAAGUCACUUGUUGCUCCAACAUUAACUGCAACAGCGUCCCAAUUUAAUGUCAUCUAUCUUCAAGAACUUCUCCGCUGUUUGCUCCGUUCAAUGUCGGGUGUCGAGGGUAAAUUACGUAUUCUCCGCCCCCCCCCCUCUCUUUUUAUCUUUAUGACUGCUUGUGUGUCUGUAGUGGAUGGGCAGAAGGGGGCAUUUAAUAAUGUGAUCGGUAAAAUUGGUAAAAUUAAAACUCCAGGACAACAGAAGGUGAAUACAAACUAUUGGAUGCAUGCUUUUUCAUUCAUUUAUAUCAUAUAUAUGCCAUAUAUAAAAUGUCAUCAAUAUCGUUUAAAAUAAUUUUUCAGUGUGUUUCCUGGAGCGAUACGCUCGCGUCAAGCGCAAAAAAAAUAGACUCGACGCCGAAACGAUCGCUGCACUGCAAGGCAGCCUUGGCUCAGGGGGGGGUCCUUCAGCGUCCGGUGGGGCCGGCACAGAGGUGGGAGUGGAUGGGAGCCGGACAUCCAGCUGCCCCGCCGCAUCGGCGGAGAGAGAGUUUAAACUGCUGCUGCUCCACUGACUAUAACAACGCCGCAAUCAUGCACUUAAAAAAUGCAAUACAAACCGGAAGUAUUCCAAGUAUUCAGAAUACGUUACUCAGAUUAGUUAAUGUAAUGGAAUACGUUACAGAUUACAUUUUUGGGCAUGUAUUCUGUAUUCUGUAACGGAAUACGUUUUGAAAGUAUCCUUCCCAACACUGAUCAUAUGUGACGAUCACAUAGGCUACGAAAUUAUUUAUUAUACAUGAUGAAAGGAAAUAUGACAGAGAGAGACAAAUUUCAGAAUUAAUUAUUUAUUUAAAAAUAACAUUUGGUGCAGACAAGGCAAGCCGUUGAUGGGGGGGCUGUCAGAUCCCCCAUACUUUAACUUCCAUGUAACUUAUUCAGUUUAAAGCCAUUCACAACACUUACGUUGUUAUCUAUAUUCUAACACUUAGUAAGCAUAAAGAGGUGUUGGCUCCUCAUCCAUUUAACAGACAGGUAUGGCAGCAGAACUGACGAUAAAGCUUCCUCUCACAGAGACGGUUGGACUUGACCAUGUCACAGAAAACCUCAUCAGCUAGCAGAGCAGAGGAGAGGCAGGUAGUCAGCUUAACAUACAAUGGCUAAACACAAGAACGUUACUGUCUGCUCCCUGUCAAAGUUCCAGACUGGAUAUACCGCCAGUAUCUUGGGGAUUUUGCAUGCUCGGUAUUAAUAAGCAUUUCCACUUUUCCUGGACUGUGUAUUCAUCCCCAUACUAAAAUGAUGUAUGCCCCUUCACUGUAUCGCUGUUGAGACCACUAGGUGCUACAAACCUGUAAAAAACAUAUGCAGUCUAUGGUACUACUAUAUAUUCUCUACUUAGCUGCUGUUGACACCAGGGACCUGUGCUAUGAAGCAAGCUCACCAUUCCCAGGAUAUCUUUUCAUCAUCCAGCAUCACCUAACUUAACACCGGCCAUCAUGAUAACCUGCACUACUAAGUUAACUGUCUCAGUUAAGCCUGGGUUAUCUUAUCCAGCUACAACACACGUGUUCAUGUGACAGAGGUGGAGUCUUUGAUUUUGAGUAACAUUGUAAGAUCCAUGAAUAAAGUUCUUACUAUGAUAUAAGAAGAAACACUGAUAUCUGCCAGGUUCGGGUUAGUAUUAGCGACAUUCAAAGUGAAAUGUAAAGAAUAAUCACAUAAUUUUCAAAUGUAUAGGUACUAAAUAUUGAGUCACCUUUUCAUUAUGUUAAACAACUGUUUCUUAAUCAAUGUUGUAAAAAAUUCAACUUUGUUUAUGUGUUCAGUGACACAGGGCAUCUAUUGCACUUCUGUCUGUCCUUUUCCCCCGUUAAUAAGAGUAUUUCUUGGGGUAGUAUUUCCUUAUUCUGGUUGAGGGUUAAGGACAGAGGAUGUUGCACCUUGUUUAAGCCCUAUGAGACAAAUUGUAAUUUGUUAAUAUGGGCUAUACCAGAGGUGUCAAACAUGCAGCCCGCCAGGGGGUCCAGCUCGGCCCGCCGGAUGCAAGGCAUGAUCUAAAGAAAAAAGAAGAAAAAUUUAAUUCGAAAGAAAAAAAGAAAAAAAAGUCAAACCACCAUCUCACUCUUUGCCAGUGAUUCUCAAACUGAAGGGGCGCAGAGGCAUAACAGGUGGGGCCCGCGACCGGGAGGGGGAAAUGUGAGGCGGAACUAAUGUUUUGACUUCGGCAUCUCUUUAACAGUCAAACAGUAAAUAAAUCAUCGUAUCAGGCCAGCAUGAAUAACCAGGAGCGGGAAAUGUGUGUGUGUGUGUGUGUCCAGACAGAGGAGAGACUAGUGUAUAUUUUAGGUCUGAAAACUCUGGCAGCUGACAGUAUGAGACCCAAAAAAUUAAGAAGAUACUUAGAAACAAUACGCCCCAGUCACAUGCAUGUGUUCUUUUUGGUUGAGGUUUAUCAUCGUUGUAACAAAGUGAUUAUAAUUUAAUAAUUUUUUCUCUAUUUUUGAAAAAGUAAAGACUGAUGGAGGAAUGUAGUGGUAAAUGUCACCAAACGUACUUCAAUUAAGUUGAAUUUAAGCAAAAUUGAAACAGAUUAACAGAAAUAAAUGUUGCAUUUUUUAAAAUUAAAUUAAAAGGUGAUCUUUGCAACUUUGUUAUUCAGGAAGUUUGUAUCAAACAAGUAGCCCUUCGUACUACUCAGUACCUUCGAAGAAGCUCUCAUUUUCAAAAAGGUUGGUGACCCCUGCCAUAGAUCAUUGGUUCCCAAACUGGAGUACGGGGUAAACAAAGUGGUUCAGGGGGUACGUGGUGGUGUGCAUGAAGCCCCGGGGGGCUGGAAUCCCACCUCAGCCAGCGUGCACCAGCCCUCACCUUUCACUUUCAAUGCGUGCGUCAGACUCCUAAGUUCGUGUUCCAAGACGGGUCGGACCCCUCUGUUAUGUUGGUUUCAUGUUGGUAUCCGCUGCCCCCAGGCCCCCCCACCCUGAGCGACGCGACAUCGUCCAGGGCGGAGGGGCGUGGCGGUGAAAAAAAACAGGGGGUACGAAGCUAUUAUGCUAUGAUUUUACUGGUCUGGCCCACUUUAGAUCAAAAUGGGGAGUAUGUGGCCCCAUAACUAAAAUGAGUUUGACAACCCGGGGCUAUACAAAUAAAAAUUUGACUGAUUGACAUAACUAAAAAUGAAAAGAAACAAUAAAUAUGAAUUUCGAUCUUUAAAGUAUAUUGCUAAAGAUAAUUCAGUCAGGACCAGUUUGGCUCUUGUACACACACAAGCUCAAUCAGUCUAUCAAAUUGUAUUUGUAUAGAUCUCACAAAUAGCUAUAUGUCUCAUAGGGCUUAACAAAGUGCGAAAUCCUCUGUCCUUAACCUUUAAACCUUUAAAAGAGUAAGGGAAAACUAGAAGGAGGAGCUGCCGUUGACACUUCCAGUAUAUUUUAAACUGCAACCCAUAAACUGAAGAGAUCAAGUGGCAGCUUAAUUUACAGCAGGAACACAUUCUGUGCUGCAAGGGAUGGAACACUAUGUCAUUAAUAAACUUGUUAAAUGAAGCUGAUGUGGGUGAUAAUGUCAAACUCACCAUUUCUACAUGAUGCAUUUACAAUACAAGUCCUGCUGACCAGACUGUAACCCUCUUUGCAUUUUGUGCAGGUUUUUCCUGGGCCACUGCAGCUCAGACAGUUUUCCUCACACCUGGAGACAGAGUGAAAUAAAACCCAUAAUAACAAAUUAUAAACAAA